AUGUUGUGUCAUAUAGAUAUCGAUGAGUGUAGUAACAACUCACUCAUCUGUGGGGACAAUUCAGCUUGUUUCAAUACUGUUGGUAGCUACUACUGUGAGUGUCUUCCUGGGUUUAUGGACGUCGCUGGUGCCACUCGACAAUGCUUGGGUAAGAAUUCUGUCUUUAGUAUCAUCCUUAUAAUCAGACACAUUCACCAUCAUCUCUCCAUCUCCACUUCAUCCUCAUCAAUCUCAACACUCUCUUUAUCUUUCAGACAUAGAAGAGUGUGUUGAGUACCAACAUAUUUGUGGGGAAUGGGGAACCUGUCUUAAUCAGGUGGGUAGCUACCUGUGCCAGUGUCCCAAUGGAUUUAGAAACACUGGCGACGGACAAACUCAGUGUGUAGGUGAGAGAAAGACGAUUUUUCUAGAGUCUUCUGACUCUCCCAUCCACUGCUGUGUUAUUUUGACUGACCCAUAACAUUCUGUUGAAACUUUUAUUUACUCCUUGUGUAACAGUCUUUACUGUCCCUGACCGUACCAUGGCUCAAACUAGUUAUCCUCUGCUUAGCAAACACACAUAACUGUCCGCUUGACAACACACUAGCCAGUUGCGCCACCGAAAAGGUACCAUUUCGGUGAUGCAGGUGCUAACAUUUUAAACUCUCAUACACUUGGACUCAUCAAUAUUAUUUAGAUAUCAAUGAGUGUAUAGACAUUCUCCCCAUCUGUGGGGACAAUUGAUCUUGCGUCAACACCACAGGCAGUUACUACUGUGUCUUCCUGGGUUUAGAUUAGAGCCCAAGAAUAUCACUGGCAAAAUGUUUGUGUGCGCGUGCGUGCGUCUUGCGUUCAUGUGUGUGUUUGUGUGUGUGACGUCCUUUCCUUGUCAUUCCACACUUUCAUCCUCUCUCUUUCCCUUUCAGACAUUAACGAGUGUAAGAUAGACAGAGUAUGUGGAAAGAGGGGGAUCUGCCAAAACCUGAAUGGCAGCUACUGGUGCCAGUGUUCUGCUGGAUUUACUAACUUCGGCAACAACCAAACUAAGUGUGUAGGUGAGAGACAAGCACCAUUCCACCUGUCGUCCAUGAUGCACUCCUUUGUCAUGCAUGUGGUAGAGCAGGUAUGUAGACCUGGUUUUGUGGGGUAUUGGGAUAAUUUUCCUUCAUGUUUUUUCUUCAGAGCUAAAUUGUGACCAGGAUGAAACACAGGGUACGCCUGGACAG